AUGACUACAUUCAACGACCCCGCCGUUCAGGACAAGGGCAAGGGCAAGUCCACUGACCCUACCAACGAGAUGAGCAUGGACGAGGAUAGCUCCUCAGAGAGCGAGCCUGAAGUUGAGCAGCACGGUACGCGCCCCCUCACCUCCAAGCCACUUCAUCUGCAAGUGCCAUUGCCCUACGCAUGUGCCUUUACUAGGAGCAAGGAGGAUGAGGACAUGGACAACAACCUCGAGCCCAUCAACCCAAGCAACAUCAUUGAGGGCGGCCGCCGCACACGAGGCAAGAUUAUCAACUACGCCGAGAUUGCUGAGCAGAACAAGAUCGGUGAGGAUGAUGAUGAUGAGGACGAUGAGGAGUAUGAGGGUGGUGGUGAUGACGACAAUGACCACGCCAUGCGCGGGUAA